AUGUCGUACGGCAGCAGGGUGCUGCGUCCUUCGACCGAAUGCUAUUAUGACCUGCUUUCGACCUUCAUUCGGCAAACACGCCCUCAGACGCGGACCCGAGUUCGUUUUCCUGCGGAGCUUGAACGACGACAGUUUCACGACUACUUCGUCACCCAUUUGCCUUCUUCCUCGCUUCAUCCCGACUCUCGCUCCUUGACAGGCCUUGCCCAGAAGUUUUCCAGAAAAAAUGCGGCAGGAAAUACACCAGAUGGUAAGUCCGCGACGGCUGGCCACGCAUCCAUCUCGAGAGACACGACUGUUGUGCGUAUUCCCCUUAAGAGCGCGAAACAUCACUACGGAGCUGCAGUCUCUCGAGGCAGCCGACCCUACAAUGAAGAUUCGCAUCAGGCCGGGAUCAUCGAGAUUCCCGCAUUUGCGAAGAGACCACCCCCUUCAAUAACAAUGAGCCGGGCCAGGUCAAGGGAAGGGACCUCGGCCGACAGCGCUUCAGGAGAUCCCCAGGUGUUCUACUUCGCCGUCUUUGAUGGUCAUGGCGGCGCAGAGUGCAGCGAUUUUCUUAGAGCGUCGCUGCAUGAAUACAUUGAAAAGUCGGCUUUGUCUUUUGGAUUCCGCUCUAGCUUACGCCAGAAGGGCGGUGGCAAAGAAGGAACUGAUGUUACUGCUGGACUUCUCGACAUCGAGGCUGAACAGGCACAAAAAAGCAAAGCGGCUCUGGACUCGGUCCAGAUCAGCAAGGACGGAAAAGAAGCAGCGGACAACCGAUCCGGUGAGGCAGAAGCGAAAGUCUCCGCAUCGACCACUCGUCCUCCUUACCCCGGCGACCCGCCCUUGAUCCAGUGUGCAACCAAAGAGAAGAUCAGGGAACUGGAAGAGGAUCUGACCAAGAAGUGGAAGGAUCUUGUGGGUGGUUAUUUUCGGCGGUUUAGACCUGCUUACUUUUCCAUCUAUGAUCAGUACCAAAAGGAUGGGGAAGCUGGCGCUGCCUUGAAAGAAAGCGGCAAAGAUGUGGAAUGCGGCGCUGCCAUCGAAGAAGUCAUUACAUACGCCUUUUUGAAAGCAGACUAUGACUUUGUCGCCGCACAAGCUGCAAAGGAUAGUGAGACCAGGGAUAAUGCUAGGGCCGAGAGGCCUCUGAACGAGGAGGAAGUAUUAGGUGAACCCAGCAAGCUUGCGUCUCGCAUUGGCGGGCCCGUCAGGUUCAAAGGGGGCAGUACAUGCAGCAUUGCCCUGGUCUCGACGCCUUCGGCCACUCCCUUCUGGAACCCUGCCACCACCUCAUCGAUGCUGGUGGCACAUGUUGGAGACACAAGAAUUCUUCUGUGCUCGACCGCUACAGGUGCAGCAGUCCCACUGACUACGAACCACCAUCCGUCGUCGCCAGUCGAAAGCAACCGCUUACGACGCUACGCGGCGACAUUUGUGACGGAUUCUUUUGGCGAGGAGAGGAUUUCUGGUCUCGCCAACACACGUGCAUUUGGUGAUAUUGCCUCUAAGCGCAUCGGGGUCAGCGCAGAACCGGAAAUCAGAAGGGUUGAAUUGGGUCCCGCCGAGUAUUCGUUCAUGGUCUUGAUGUCGGACGGAGUGUCUGGAACUCUGGACGACCAGGAAGUGGUUGAUAUCGUCAAGGAGGCCAAGACUCCAGAGCAAGCCGCGCGGGACGUGGUCAAUUUCGCCACCGAGGUCUCGACCGAGGGCGACAAUGCCACCUGUCUAGUCGUGCGGAUGGGUGGAUGGGAGAGAAGGCAGGAGGGAGGACACGGAAGCUUGGGCACCAAGGAGAGCCGUGAUUAUAAGAGACAAAGUGCCGCCGAUCCUCGGACUCGACGGCAGUAG